UAGUUAUUAUCAGAAAUGGAUCGUCUGCACGAGUGGAGCUUCAAGUCCAAGAGCAUGGGCUUGGAGGAGGACUUCUACUUCUACGGAGCGGAGGAAAUGACAGAUUACCAGGACCCCUCUGAACUCCUGGCUGCUCUCAAACAAAAGGAGGAAGAGGUUAUUUUGGCAGCGCAGCUGGGAAACGCGCUGCUCCUGGAAAACCGUCAGCUUAAGGAGCAGAGCGACAAGAUCCACGAGCAGUACGCAGACAGGCUGGAGGAGCUGGAGCAGAAUCGGCAUGAGUUGCGACUGAAGCUGGAGGGCUGCCGGUCCCAGUGGGAGAGCCAGGUGGGAGAGCUGGAGAAGGACGCAAGGGAGCUGAGUGGCCAGGUGGGACGGCUGACCCGGGAGCUCGGGACGGCCGAGAGGGACAAGAGUCGAAUCCAGCUGGAGCACACCGAGCAAACUCAGCGCCUCAGGGAGGAGCUCAGCUCUGCGAUGGAGGUGGAGAGAGUGAUGUCCAACGAGCUACAGGCUCUGAAACAGGAGCUGAGACAAAAGGGAAGCCAUAACCGGGAGCAGGACGAGGAGCUGAUCAGUGCCAUGAGGGAGCAGAUGUUACGACUCACGCAGAAGGAACAGACACUGGAGCAGCGUUUGGAGGCAGUGUGUCAGGAAAAUGCCAAGCUCAGGGCGAGUUUGGUGUCUUUACAGACGCGCUUAGAUCUUCACGAUCAACAGAACCAGCAGCAAAGGCAGCAGCUAGCUGAAACGCAGUGGGAGGCGGAGGUGGCGCGAGGUCGUUCCCAGCAGCUGCAGGCUCAGGUGGAGGAGCUGCAGGAGGAGGUCUCUCUGCAGGAAUCCAGGAGCCACUUGGACGCCUCCCUGCUGUCUGAGCUGGAGACGGCAGAUUUAGGAGUCAGCAGAGCAGAGAUGACACAAGAAAUGGGAUCCAUCCUCCAGUUACUCCUCCCUUUGACCCGGGUCCAGAAGGGAUCAGAGAGGUCGGAGGUCAAAGAUGACCCAGAGGACCUGCAGGCCAUGCUGCACCAACUGAAGGGAGCGGCUCAAAAUCUGGCCCAGGCAUCUGACCUCAAGGAGGCGAAUCCGGGUUUUGUCGACAGGACGUCUGAUCACUGUGGGAAUGUGAGCGCAGCCCAGGAGCUGAGAGAUCAGAACCUUCAGCUGCAGCAGCAGAACGACGAGUUAUUGCAGAAGCUGCAGAACAUCCAAGACCAGGCGAACCUUGUUCAACAGGCCGUUAAAGACCGGGACGAAGCUAUUGCCAAGAAAAACCUGAUGGAGGCCGAGUUGUUGAGAAGCAAACAGGACAUGAUGUGUCUGAACAACCAGCUAUUAGAUGCCAUCCAUCGUAAGCUGGAGCUGUCACAGGAGCUGGAGGCCUGGCAGGACGACAUCCAGAUCGUCAUCAACCAGCAGCUGAAGUCCCAGCAGCAGUCGGAGCAGCCUCAGAAGAAGCCCUCCUCCAAUGGCUUGUCCUUCUUCCGCAAGCCCAGCAGUCCACUCUCCACCUGGAUGCGCCAGUCCUCCUCUUCGUCCUGCAGUUCAGACACUAAUCAGGACAAAGUCCAGUCCCCCUGGAAGGACUGGCUAAAACUCGGCAAAGGGGCGCAGUACGGCAAAUAG